CGCAUUCACGGCGCACAGCCAGCAAAGCAAAGCAAGCACAAAGACAGACACAGAGAGAGACAGCGAGACCGGCACUCCUCCACGAAUCCGCCAGGGCUGCAUCGACUCUCUCGCGCCAUCUGCCCUGCUUCAGAUUCCGUGCUCAACGCGUUACAGCAGUUAAGAACAAGCCUGUAGACCCAACACCAACACCACCAUGGGUGGAAAGAGCUCUCGGCUCGUCACCGUCGAGCAAGCAAAGGAACUGCUUGGGCCGGAGCAAGAGCAACACAUUCGUGAUGCCUGGACACAGCUGCGUGGCAGCACCUCCCAAACCCUCGACGCCAACUCGGCCAUCCGACUCCUCUUCCCGUACAUGCCACGCGUCUUUCAAGAGCGGUUCUUCAAAGCGCUCGGCGGCACCAACCGCGGCAUCGCCUUCAAGGACGCCCUGUGCGGCCUGGCCGUGCUCUUGACCACACACAUCGACCUGCGCGCCCGCUUCAUCUUCCAGGUGUACGACACAAUGGACGUGGGUGUGCUCACGGCCGCGUCGUUCCGGCGCACUGCGCUCACCAGCGAUCCAGAGCUGCCCCGCCCCUUUCGCGACUACUUUGCCACCAAGUCGCCCGAGCUGCCCUUUUCGGAGUUUCUGGCGAUUGCGAAGUUGUACCCGGACUGCUGUUCGCUCAUCGCUUGGAUCUUUCGCACAGAGCAGCAGCCGCAUCCGCACAUCCCAACCUACCACGAGACACUCACCACCAUCUCGACAUUCAUGUGGGCGAUGUACCGCCCGCGGGUGAAGGUGCGCAGCAGCACGGCACGGCGCACCACCACCAGCAGUGACGAUGAAGACGGUGAUGGUGCAACACCACGAUCACCACGACUGUCGUCAACAGCAGCAACAACGCCAAUGUCAGCUGCAACACCACACAGCGCCAGCACCACCACCACCACCGCCAGCACACGUUUCAGCUACAGUGACCGUGACGAAACCAUGACCACCGCCACCACCAGCAGCAGCAGCGGUAGCACAAGCACGGACACGCUCAACGAUGAUGAUGAAGGUGGUGGUGGUGGUGGUGAAGAAGAGGGGGAGGAGCAACAGGAUCACAUGGGUGCGGGUGCGCUGGCGGUGUUGCUACGCGAUGCACACGCCCUGCACGCAACAGCGACGGCACCACAGAAGCCAGCCGUCACGCUGCUGACGGAUGUGGCGCAGCUGGCGUUUGAGAGCGCACGCGCGAGCAGGCUUGCAUCUGUGCAGACGCUGGACGGCGAGGAGGGUGCAACACCAACACCAACACCAACACCAACACCGGCAGCGUCCACUUCAGAGUCGUCGUCAUCAUUGGCGGUGGUCAGCGAAGGUGGUGGUGAUGAUGUGGAGGAGGAAGAUGUGUUUGAGGAUGACAACACAGGUGGUGAUGCUGACGGAAACAAGCGUGGUGGCGAGACCACGGGCAACAGCCGCAGGGCCAGCGCGACUGCGAUACGAAAGAGCACAAGCAGCCGCCCACGGCGCACAACCACCCGUGGUAGUGAUGGUGGUGGUGAUGGCAUGACGGAUGACGAGUUGCACACGUUCACAGCAAAGGCCGAGCAAAUUCUCUCGGAGCAUGCGAGCGGGGGUCCCCUGGUCGGGUUCACGGCGCGGGAGUUUGUGGCGUGGUGGCCUGUUGCGGAGUGUGCGCGCGCCAUGCGCGCUGCCCUUGAAGAGCUUCUGCAUCUGGUCUUCCUCGCCACGCCGCAGUCACCGGAACUCGAGGGCAGGCUCAUCCACAGGCGGCUGCAGCGCGACAGACUGCUUGGCUUCCCCGCCAUUGCCGGCGCCACGUGCUAUCUGGUGAACGCGUCGUGGUUCCAUGCGUGGCGCGCGCGCGUGGGCAUCUCCCGUGACCUGCAGCACCUGCACUCGCCGCGCCUCGACCUCCCUCCCUGCAAGGAAAUCAACAACGACGCCCUGUGUGUGCCCGGCAACCUCCGUCGUGGCGCCUCCACGCGCCUACGCCCGCACCUCACCCAGGGUGUCGACUAUGUGCUCGUCUCCGAGCCCGUGUGGACGGCGCUCUCGCACUGGCACGGCGGCGGACCAACGCUGCAGCGGCCCGUGUGUCGCAUGCAGGAUGGCACCGUGCAGCCAGACAUCUACCCGCUCGUGCUCCGUGUGAUGCAGCACCAGGGGCCGGGCCUCAAGGCGAGCAUCCUUCGCUUCUUUGGCGGCAGCGACCCCGCUGAGACAAAGGCGCCGCAGAUUGCGUUUGGGUUUGCCAUUGACGCGUUUCGCACGACGACGUGCAAGCGCCUGCUGAAGAGCGUGUGCCACAUGCUGGGCACGGUGCCCAACGGCGUGCGCGGGGUGACGCCGGACCAGGCGCGCCUGUGGGACUACCGCAGCCCGCGCAAACCCACGCUGCUGACCAACGACGACGCGACGCUGCUUGACCUGCACUUUGGCAACAACGACGAGAUCCUGCUUGAGUUGCGCAACACGGACCUGAGCUGGCCGUCAGAGAUCCUCGCCGUGGCAAAGGCGAACCAGCACGCGGCCGGCGGAGAGACGCUUGUGGACGUGGCCAUGGAUACAGAGGGCGGCGCUCCCAGCGUGGCGGCGGCAACGGCGUCGCCGUCGUCAGCGACAACACGCAGGCAGCGGCGAGCGAGCAGCAAUCGCAACCACCACCACCACCACCACCACCACGACGCGCAAACUGGCCGCAGCAGCGACAGCACAAGUGGUAGUGGCCGGUUGCGGAAGAAAGGCAGGACGGAAGCAGCAGCAGCAUCAUCAUCAUCACCAGCGUCGUCAUCACCAUCACGUGGCCGUGGUGAUGACGAUACAGACAGCAGCAGCAGCAGCGAGAAGGAGGUGGUUGUGCAUGGGCGUGCCGGUCUGAGCAACCUGGGCAACACAUGCUUCCUCAACUCCGCUGUGCAGUGUCUGGUGCACACGCGCCCGCUCACGGAAUAUUUCCUGCGGCGGCAACACGUGCUUGAGCUGAACAAGGCCAACCCGCUCGGCCACCAGGGCGUGAUUGCGUCAGAGUACGGGCGCCUGGUGUCGCGCCUGUGGAAUGGCAAGGGCUGUGUCGCUCCCGUGAAACUUCGCAGCGCCGUGCAGAAGUUUGCGCCGCAUUUUGCCGGCUAUCAGCAGCACGACUCGCAGGAGUUUUUGUCCUUUCUGCUCGACGGCCUGCACGAGGACCUGAACCGCGUGAUGAAGAAGCCGUACGUGGAGCGGAAGGACAGCAACGGACGGCCAGACCGCGUUGUUGCGCGCGAGGCGUGGGAGGGGCACCUCUUGCGCAAUCGCAGCGUCAUCGUGGACAUGUUUCAGGGCUUGCUCAAGUCGCGGCUGCGCUGCCAGACGUGCAAGACAACGAGCGUGGCGUUUGACCCGUACUCGUUCCUCUCCCUGCCGCUGCCGACGGAGGGGCGGUCUGUGGUGGAGAUCAAGCUGCACCGGCUGAGCGGCAAGGCGCCGCGCCUGUACUCCAUUGCCCUCAAGACGGAGGAAACAUACCGAACCAUCCGUGAAGCCCUGGGAAAGUUGGCGGGCCUGCACCCAAUGGCGAUUGUGUUUGUGGACGCAGCCAACUCGCGCAUACAGCGCGUGCUGAGCGUGUCCGAGAAGCACCGACCGUCGAUGGGCAUGUAUCUCACCGCAUACGAGAUUGACGUACGCGCAACGCAGGUUGCGGUCAGGCAGCAGCAGCAGCAGCAACAGGAGGAGGAACAACAACAGCAGCAGCAGCAGCAGCGGGGGCAAGGUGGGCUGGGGGCGACAGCUGUGGAGAAGGUGCCACGCGUGGAUGACGAUGGUGAUGAUGGCGAUGACGAUGACGAUGACGAUGACAACGAGCAAGGAAACGGCAACGGUGGCGUUGGCGGUGAUGGCGUUGGCGGUGAUGGCGUUGGCGGUGAUGGCGUUGGCAGUGAUGGCGUUGGCAGUGAUGGCGUUGGCGGUGAUGGCGUUGGCGGUGAUGGCGUUGGCGGUGAUGGGGAUGUGGCGACAGUGAAUGCAGGGCAGCACACGCCAGCAGCGACAAAUGGUGGCACUGGCACAAACAGUCCAGGCCAGCAACAACAACAACUGAAACAACAACAACAACAACAACAACAACAACAACAACAACAACAACAACAACAACAACAACAACAACAGCCCGCGCCGCCUCUGCCUCCGCCACAGCGCGUUGUUCCCGGUCAUUUUACGCUGGCCAUGCGACGCCAGUAUGGGCUGCGGCCGCAUUUGCUCGUGCAGCAGCACACCACGCAGCUCUUUGGGCCCCCGCUCCUCCUCCCAUUCAUCAACGGUCGCACGCGCUACAUUGAUCUCUACUCCACCGCCUGGCGCCUCGUCGCACGCUUCUUCCACAAGGCGUUCAAAGCGACGGUGAAGCAGGGCACGUUUCCGUUCCGCCUGCGCGUUGUUGCGCGGUCUGCCCCGGCGUGGUGCUACUCCUGCUCAUGGGUCAAGCGCUGCGAGGGGUGCGUCUUGCCACAGACAACGGACCUUGUAGCCAUCCCAAAUGCGGCCAUGCUGGUGCUGGAGUGCACGCCGGAGGACUUCCACCUCUACUUCAGGCGACACGAGGAAUACGCGCUCACUUUUCACGCCUCUGUUGAGCAGGAGCGCCGUGCUGCGCAGAAGCCCGUGACGCUAGACGACUGCUUCAAGGCGUUCACACGCGAGGAGAAACUUGACGAGGAGUGGUACUGCUCCACAUGCAAGGGCCGCACGGAUUCCCGCGUGCGGCGUAUGGCUUUGGAAAGACACUGGGACUCACUGUGAGAUUGCUGAGGAGAGCAAAUGAGGCGAUGAGCUCAUUCUCCAAGCGACAUCAGAUUGCGGAGUUGCACGAACAGCUGCAGUCUGGACUGAACGACAUCAACGCGAUCCGAAGUGAAUGGCACCAACUCACCAACAGGCAGAUGAUCCAAUCGUCGCUCCUCGGACAUCAAGCAACGUCAGCCACUGCCCAAACCACGCUGCAAUCCAGCGCUUCAUCCACGCCAACGCCCACCCCUCCUUUGUCACCAACGCCACACACGACUGCUGCUACCGCUGCUGCUGCUGCUGGCACUCAGGCCCCAGCCUCCCCGCAGCCGUCAGCGUCGCAGCCACCAUCCACGCCACCUGCACGCAGCAGUCAGGACGGACAUGCGGCCAUGCUUGAGAUGAGCGCGAAGACGGUGAAAAGCCAGCAGCAAGGCGUAGCGGGUAGUGACUAUCUAAACGUGGCGCUGGCAGCACAACAGCUCGCCAGACAGGAACGCAUCAUCUUGCAGCAGCAGCAGCCAGGAAACGGGGCUGGUGACUGACACAUCACACCUGUUGCGCUUCAUAAUUAAGACCCUCGCUCUGCGUUUGUGUGUGUGUGUGUGUGUAUGUCUGUGUCUGUGUCUGUGUCUGUGUCUGUGUGUCUGUG